AUGGCGGCUUGUUCACGCUUCUUCUUCAAAGACAGAGGCUUGCCUCUCUUCGCUCCUUCACGCUCCUCUAACAACUCAGCCAUCAAGAAAACAUCAUCCUCCGACGGUUUUACGGGGCCAAUGACACUCUUCUUUUCCUCCUCGUUGCUUAUCGCGUUCUUGACGGAGGUGGACGCCAUCAGCUUCGUGGAGUGCUCCCAUCUAGCCACAAACAGAAUCAUCAUUGUCUUCUUUUCUUCUCCUCUUCCACCAGCCGCGACCGUGAAAGAAGCAGAGAAAAAGAAACCCGACGGUGACAACAGAGCUCUUGGCGAGCUUCUCGGCGACAGAAGAGACGGUGAUCCCAAUGGAGACGGUGAUCCCAAGGGAGACGGCGGUAGAUCACCGGAGAAGUUGGAGGAGGAAGCCCGGAAAGCCGCCAGAACCCUACUCCCACGGCGGUUCCGGUGUUCAACACAAGGUUAG